AUAUCAUGAUCAUGACCGUAACGCGACGUUGACGUUGCAUAUAUACGUCAUAUGUACAUGCAUCACUACUCACCACGUUUAACGUAUACAUAUGUGUAUAACGUACAUCAUUUGAUCGCUUACUUGACAGUUCUUUUCGCAUGAUUCGCUAUAAUUUAUUUCCUGCAAAAGUACAUUAGUUAACCGCCAAAAUUGAGAAUAAAAUGCGAAGGAUUCAUUCAAAUUAUGCCUAUGAACCAGUACCAACUACAUCGAGCCAUGGAGAUUUGGAAGAUGAGAAUGAAAGAAUGACAGAUCAUUUGAAAGACAAAAUUCAUGCCCUAAAGUCACUGUCGAUUGACAUUGGAAAUGAAGUAGAAUAUCAGGAUAAAAUGCUCCGUGGAAUGGAUGAAGAUGUUGAAAGGACAAGUGGUUCAUUAACAAACGCAGUUACACGUGUAUUACGUUUAUCUAAAGGAAGUCAUACUUACUACAUCUUAUAUUUAAUGUUGUUUUCAAUAUUUGUCUUUUUCAUAUUAUGGGUAACAGUGAAAUUCUUUUAACUAGAACAUUAUAAUGUCAAAGGGGUAUUCAAAAACAGGAUUCAUUCCCAUGAAGUGUUUUAUUAUACACGUGUUCAUAAUAAUUUCUAAGCAUAACAUUUAAUAUUUGUGUAUAAGAAAUAAUAUUUUAAACCUAUUUCAAUAAGCUGUACAGUUAAACUUUAGCCGAAUUCUAUGUAUAAAAAAUUUUAUCCUAAUAUUACACUUACAUGUACAGGAUGUCAAAAAAUUAUUUGUUAUAUUUUUUGGAGGAAAUUCUUUGACCUUUGCAAAAGCGAAUAUCUGUUGGUUGUUGAAAACUAAUGAAAUUUUCUUUUUUUUUUCCAGACAAAUGGUUAAGUUGUGAUUCGUGGUUCCUACGUGACUUUCGUUCUUUGUGAUGCAAUAAAAAAAGAAUUUAACCUUGAAAAUCAGGUCAAUUUUUUGGUUCAUUUUUUUAACAGAUCUCUACUGAUCCGAAAAUGUAGUCACCUUCCAAAACCAUGACAAAUAAUUUUUUGGCAUCCUGUACAUAAAUUAAAUAAUCUAUAAAAAUGAUUAAAAAUAUUUUUUAUGUUAAGAUAAAACGUAUAUAUAUAUUUAAAUUUUUUAAUGCGAAAUAAAGUUAAUUGUAUAUCUUCGAAAUUUUCGUCGAAUGAUGUUUGAAAAUUGGCGGCAAAGAACUGCAACUAAAUAGUAAAUGGUAACCUAUUAUAACCUGACUAUCGAGUAGUAUUCACGUGUGAGAUAUUUGGCUACACAUGAUACUAAGUAAUAACUUUAUAUCAAAAUAAAACAAAUAAUUUACGAAAAUGAA